AUGACCUCGCUAGCCGAGCUCAAUAGAUCGAUCAACCUCCUUGCAAGCAAGUUCAUCAUACCAGACGAACUAUGGGAAAAUGCUCCCAAAGAGAUUAUCGCUACUAUUGCAAAUGGUGACACUAUAAAAAUUAAUAAAGUUUGCAGAAACAUUAAUCUCGAGCUCGCAGAUAGAAUUGCCUUUCAUCUUAACAACGAUAUGGUAAUUGUAAAAAAGGUUACUGAAGCUUUUAGUAAAGGAAAACCAAGUUUUCUUGAAACCCAGAAAAAGGGUUCUAAAGAAAAACAAAUUCUGGGUACCAAUAUAACCCAAGAAAGAAUUAUUGGAGAAAGGAUUGUUUCUGUCCAAACCACCAUUUUCAAACAGAUAGAAGAUCUUCUUGAAAAAGUUUGUUCUGAAAAUCCUAUUGAUCCAGAAAAAACCAAAGGAUGGAUGAAGGCUUCAAUCAAGCUCAUUAAUCCUAAAACAAUUGUCAGAGAAAAGCCUAUGGUUUACUCUCCACAAGAUAGAGAAGAAUUCUCCAAACAAAUCAAAGAAUUACUUGAUAUGAGAUUAAUCAAAGAAUCAAAAUCUCCUCAUACGUCUCCUGCUUUUCUAGUUAACAAAGAAGCAGAAAAAAGAAGAGGAAAGAAACACAUGGUUGUCAACUACAAGGCAAUCAAUGAUGCAACCAUUGGAGAUUCCCAUAAUCUCCCUAAUAUGCAUGAGCUCUUAACUCUACUACGGGGAAAAAAUAUUUAUUCAAGUUUCGACUGCAAAUCUGGUUUCUGGCAAGUCCUACUUGAUGAAGAAUCGCAGCUACUCACUGCUUUUACAUGUCCUGAUGGGCUCUUUCAAUGGAAGGAGAUAAAAAUGUGCUGGCAGACUGUCUCACCCGUGACUUCAGGUAUGUCUUACAUCAUCCAUGAUCUCACUUGCUCCUCUCGAGCCCUAUAA